CCGCCUCUCCGAACCGGAACGGAACCCGAAACCAGUCGAGCGACUCAACCCAGGAGGCCAAGACACAGCAACCCCUUAACUCGCUUGCCCCUCGCCCCUCCCGGACCGACACGACACGCCCAGCAUGUCAUCGGCCAAGAUCGAGAAGAUCAUCGCGCGGCUGCAGAAGCGCAUCGCCGAGGGCGCCUUCGAGGAGCAGUACGAGGCGGCGCAGGAGACGCGGCUGGUGGCGGCGCGCUACGCCAAGCAGGCGAACUGGGCGGCCGCCAUCGACAUCCUCUCGCGCGUGUCGCAGGCGCUGCUGCGGGCCGGCCAGGGCGGCAGCGGCGGCGACCUGGCCGUGCUGCUGGUCGACGUGUACCGGCAGGCGGCGCAGCGGCCCGACGGCGGGUCGCGCGGCCGCCUGCUGACCUGCCUGCGGCUGUUCGAGCCCGGCGAGCCGAUGCGGAAGAAGUUUAUCAAGGAGAUGAUCGACUGGUCGAAAAAGUUCGGCGACUACCCAGCCGGCGACCCGGAGCUGCACCACGUCAUCGGCUCUCUCUACGCCGAAGAGCACCAGGCUGAGGAGGCGGAGCGGCACCUGAUCCUGGGCACCAAGGACUCGACCGAGGUGCUCAGCCGCAUGGAGUACGAAUGGUACAAGGAGGACGAUUCCCACACGGCGCCCCUCUACUGCGCCCGCGCCGUCCUGCCUUAUCUGCUCGUUGCCAACGUCCGGGCCGCCAAUGCGUCCUACCGCGCCUUCGUCAGCGCGCUCGAGGCCGAUAACAAGAAUCUCGCAGUCCAAGACGUGAGCUCACAGAGCGCCGAUAUCCACGUGUUCCCUAGUCUGCCGCUGCUCAACUUCCUCGGCCUGCUCCUGCUCGCUGUUCAGAAGGGUACUCCAGAUCUGUUCCGACAGCUGAAGACAAAAUACGCUGCCAAUAUCAGUGAGCUGGGAGGCGUGUGGGACACGCCGCUCGAGAUGAUCGCUGAGAUGUAUUUCGGCAUCCAACGGCCGCGACAGAGCAAUCCUCUAUUCGAUAUGAUGGGAAGUCUGUUCGGAGGUGGCGGCGCGCCGGCCGGCCGGCAGAGCAGACCAGCGCCUGGGCGAGUGGAGGCGCCUGUUGCAGAAGGGUUGGACUAAUCCGCUCUGGUUGUGCGAAGAGGACGGCGGGGGUUCAAGAAUAUGGGCC